GUGUCAUAUCCCAAUUAUCAGUGAUACUGGAACCAGUUGAAGAUGACUGGUAUCACAUUGGACAGUGUCUUAAAGUGAAGGAAUCAGUGUUAACUGAAAUCAAAGAGAUGACACCAGUCGACAAGAUUAACUCAUGUACUUGAGACCUGGUGUCAUGAGAAGGAUAGAACAAUAACUGAACUGAAGGAAUCAUUGAAAAGAAUGGAUAGAGAUGAUAUACUGGAAGGUUUACAUGAAUUACCUACUGGACAAUAUACUUUAGCUCUUGACAAAGAAAUUCAGUUCAACUAUCUUGUACCAUCACAAGAUAAUUUGAAAGGUCUGAGUGAGUCCCAAAUAGCAGGGAAGAAUUUGUUCUUAGUUCAAGGAGACAAACCUCAACUGAUGAACUGGGAGGAGUAUGGACUGAGGAUUAGUGUACCAGAGGAUAGUCUAUCAGCAUCAGAGACUGUAGAAGUAUCAGUACUAGCUCUUGUAGGAGGACACUUCAAGUUUCCUGAUAAUACUAGACUAGUCAGUGCAGUGUAUGCAAUAUCAACCAGUCCACUCCUCAAGUCAUUGAGGAUAGAAAUGCAACACUGUAUUGAUCUCAGUGAUCCUUCUUUAUCCAAGUAUCUUAAAUUUGCUUUUGCUCCAGUUCACACAGCUAGUCUUCCUUACCAGUUCUCACUAAUUGAAGGAGGGGAGUUUCCAGCAUACCAGAGAUAUGGAUGGAUUGAACGAAGCAAGUUCUGUCAAUUAGCUAUUGUUGGGGAGGAAGAAGAAGAAAAUGGAGAAGGUAGGAAUGAGGAGAGGAAUGGAGAGGAAGAUGAAGACUCAGGAGAUGAGGGAGGGAAUGGAAAUGAACAGACAACAGGAGGAGAGGGACAAGGAACAGGAGGACAAGAAGGAGGAGCAGGAGGAGUAGCUGGAGGGAACGAAGAGAUGAGAAUGGGUGAUGAGAAUGGAUCAAUUGCUUUUGAAUCAUGUGAUCAACCAAACACUUCAUCGUCACUUAUUGUAUCUACUCAUUCCACUGGUAUACCUGAGGCUACAGUGUAUGCUGGACAAGUGUUUUAUGAACGACCAGAUUUAAUGAGAUUCACUGCUGCUAGAGAUUUGAAUGCCUUACGUCAGUAUAUAAAGCAGACAUAUGUCAUUCAUGAAAUGGACGAAGAUUUUACAUUCCAGCUUUAUCCUUAUCUGAAAUAUGCUUGUAUUCAGUUAAUUUUUGAUGGUCCUCAAUUGAAACCAACAACUGGCUGGUCUGUUAGUCCUCAUAAGAAUCCUUGUCUGAUUAGGGAACGGAACAUACUUGGUUUUGGUGACAUUAGUACUACAAUUCCUCCAUCUUGCCUGGUAUCAAUAUAUGCUGAGAAUAGUCCCCAUACUGUACCUAGCUUGAGUUAUUCUGUACCAUUGAAAGGUGUACAGGAACAAAUGAAUAUUAUUAUUAACAGAUCACUGAGAAAUAUGAUUAUGACAUCAUUAGAUCCUAUAAUUAGCAACAGAUCUCCUCCUGCAGCUCCUCCUCCUCCUUCAAACAGUACAUUUAGAGGGGAUAUUGCUCACAAAGCAAUAACUGAGUGUACUGGAAUGAUAAAGGACUAUGGGAUUGAUCUUCACUUCUUAGUUGAUAAGUUACUGGAACAUAAAAUUAUAAGUGAAAGAAAGAAAUAACCGAUGGAUACACCAGACAAACUGCUGGUGAAAGAAUGGAUGAACUGCUACACAUCAUUUCAAGUACGGUUAAAAGAAGAGGAGUGUUUUGUAUAUUUUUAGAAAUACUGAGAGAAGAAGAUACUAUAAGUACUGUUGCACUAGCUGAGGACUUGAUGGAAAAAUAUGUUUCUCUUUCAAGAGACUUAUAAAAAUUUUAACUUUGAUUUUUAUAUUAUUUUCACCAUACUGGUAAUUUUUUUUGGAUGAGUCAUGAGUGACAUAAUUUUAGUAAUUAUAA